GCGUAUUCACCAAGUCACUGCAAGUAAGUUGUCAAAAUAGUAGUCUCCAGAUGAAGAAACCAGGGAAAUUGACUUCACAAAGAGAUGCAUAUUCGCAGCAGCCAUUCUCACACAGCACCUUCGUGAGAUGAUAAAAACCGCGUAACUCCCGCAGCGCCAUCAAUUGUUGAACUUUAUCCAGCUUUCAACUUCCGCCAGAAAACUGGCAUUUUAUCAUUUGAGUCUCUCUUCUGCAAAUCGUGCAGUCAACGUCACCGCAUUUUCCCUUUAACAUGGACCGACAAUCGUCGGGAUCUGUGGGGAGUGCCUCACCGGCGCGCACUCCGCAAAUUAACAGACCACUCGGUCGCAGUCGUCUUAGCGCAACGCCGCUCACCGAAACUCCACCGACGAGCACGAGUGCUGGCAGAGACGGCACACCGACAUCAGACAAGAUCUUGUCCGGCCGUGUCAAAAAGACACCGCGCAAAGUUUCUAACAGAAAGGAAGAUGUCUUGAGCGAAAAGGAAAAGGACGAGGAGAGACGGCAGCUGGACGAGAUGGACGAGGAAAGGAAGCUAUUCCCGGGCAGCGACGACUGGACAGAUGAAGAGAACAGACUCUUCCAGAUUCUGUACAUGAGGCAGUACAGUCCUCUGCUACCAUCGCAUUGGGACAUGGACUUUCGAGGCAUCCCCAUCCCGGACGUUCUCUUUGCAAGCUCUGAUGCGCACCCGCCUAUUAUCAACUCAAGAAGUGGAAACGACUUCAAGGCGACGAGAGCACUUGCUCGACUCAUCGAGCUGACGGCGCAUGUGCGAGGCUUGUGCCAAAUACGCCAAAGACACAGAGCACGCGCUCUUAUUGAAAAGGAACUCCACGAGUAUGCGAAAUGGGCCGAACAAGACGGGGGAUACAACAGCCUCGAGUAUUUGCCAAAUCUCGUCAUCGACAUGGUGGACACCAAAACGUCGCCCCAAGCUAUUGAAGAGCACAUGCAAUUCCGCCUCAAGGCGGCUGCCGCUACGCAUCGCGCUCACUGGAGGAACGAUGCAGCGUAUCCUGACUACCUAGAAGACGAGGAUGAAGAUGCCGACAUCGAGGACAAUAGAGUUGUUCUCGUGCCUGACACGUAUCAGACACCGUCGCCAAAGAAACCGCGCACGUUGCGCCCUUCCGCUCCUCCAAGCAACGGAGCCAAAUACGACGAUAAUCAGAAGCACGAACUACUGGGCUCGAAGCUCGUCAGUCCGGUGAAGCGGUCUUCCCCUUGGCAGGAAGGAGAGUACACCCGUCGGCCGCCCGUGAUAUACGGGCUUUUCAUUGUCAACACAUCUGUCAUGGUUCUCACCAUUGACUCUGCGAAAGAAGGGGAAGAGGCCUACGUCAGUUAUCAAGUUGAGGUUGGUCUCAGCAAAAACUACCAGGCAGUUUGGAAUGCCAUUACCAUUGCUAUAGUGGUUUGCCUCGCGAGAGACGCAAUGAUGGAAAUGAAGAAGGACUUCAACACUUCAUUGAUUAACGGGGACAGCGACCCUGACGCUUGAUAUGACGGAAUGAAGGAAUGAGGCUAGCACGCGGUCAUCAGCAGGCCUCGGGCUCUGUUUUUUUUAUGACUCGUACGACGGGUACUUCUUUGAAUGCGUAUACCCUUUCAUGUUUCCGGGCGGACUAGAUGCAGAUACCUAUUUAGUUGAUAAUGACACAAAUUUUGCCAAGCUACCGCGCUACCUUAGUACUGAGCACGUUGUUAAAGGACAAUAGGUCACAUGACGCGCGCUUUGUCAUUGUCUCCAAUCUAAGAAGAUGAGUCCGCUGGCUCAGUUGAGAAGAUGGCAGGCAUGAUAUGAUGAAUGAAAGGCCCGAGAUGACAUUUUAGUAUAAGGCGAUUGGGCAAUAAUUGUCGGGAGAUGGAUGCGAGCCUCGGCAUGCCCCUCAGCUUUUUUUCUGGGCACUGUGGGAAUAGAGUGGCCCAAUCCAUGAGAUUUUCAUCAAGCCUUUUUUUUUUUUUUUUUUUUUUUUUUUUUUU